UUCUUUUUUCUUUUAUGAAUCGGCAAGGCGGUGAUUUGGUGAACGUGCUAAAUCGAGUCGUGAAAUCGGAAAAAUUGUGUCCAUAGAAACUAAAGUAUAAUCAAUUACUUUACAAAUUUUAUUGACUUACAAUCUUACAAAAGUGUAACUUGUGAAUAUUCAUCAUGAGCGAAACUGCAACCCCACCUCCCGUUUUAUGGGCCCAGCGGAAAGAAGAUGUAUUCCUCACGUUUAGCGUCGAAUCAAAAGACCCCACAAUUAAAAUAGAAAAAGAUUCGGUAUAUUUCAAAGGCUUAAAUGCACAAGACAAUAAAACACACGAGGUAACUAUACCUUUAUACGAUGCCGUGGUUCCUGAUACUAGCGCUUUCGUAAAUAAAGGCAGGUGCAUAGAAAUGAUAUUGCGCAAAGAAAAGAAGGAUGCGCCUUACUGGCCGUCGUUAACGAAGGACAAGAAGAAGCCGCACUAUCUGAAGAUCGACUUUAACAAGUGGAGAGAUGAAGAUGACGAGGAGGAGGAAGGUGGAGGUGCUAUGAACUACGAUAUAGAAGAAAUGCUGCGGUCAAUGGGUGGCGGUGGUGGCGGGCUCGGUGGAGCCGGUGACAAGGCCGAAAAACCGUCGUUCGACGACCUGGAGAGCGAUUCUGAUGACGAAAACCUACCCGAUCUGGAAUAAACCCGCUCGAACAGAUAUUUAACAUCAGUGUUUAACAUUUACAGUACAUUAUGUAUAUUAAGGUUUUUACGGUUAUAAUAAAAUUUUGCCAAAAAUAUUGUUAAUUUGCA